AUGAUUCGUCUCACAAUGACCUGGGGGGUCCUGCUCCUGGCAGGAAUAUUCAUGGUUGACAUAUAUGCAGAACCAUCUAUGAUGGCACCAGUACAGUCAACAACUAAGGCACCAGAAUCAUCCAACAGCACAAUAAAAAUGUCCUCUACAGCACACACGUCUUCCAGUGCAACAAACUCAACAACACAUGCGACUUCAAAUGCAACACACACGCCUUCAAGUACAACCUCACAUGCAUCCACCAAUACUACAACACGCCCCAACAACAACACAUACUACUACACCAGUUCUACCAACAACAAAGCCUUCACCACCAACAAGUGGAAAGUACAAAGUUAAAAAUGGUAAUGUGACAUGUAUAAUUGCAGACAUGGGUCUGGCACUUAAACUGGAAAAUUCAACAGUAAUGCAAGACAAAGAAGCAAAGGGCAAAUGGUAUUUUAAUGUGAACCCGGCAAAGACUAAACAAAAUGGCACUUGUAAUGAAUCCAAA